CGCCGCGCUUCUGCAUCUGUUGUGUUUCGGCUGAAAAAAGUGCGCUGAACUACUGAAAUAAGGAGCUGAUUGAGACGCAACCAGAGAUUUCAUUUGGAUUUAUUUUUCUUUCUGUUAAUUAUUCCCACCCUCAACGUACUGUUAUAAAGAUGGCGUUUAUUAAAGAGGAGAGUGAAGACUUUAGGAUUGAAGAAACAUUCACAGUGAAACAAGAAGAAACUGAGGAACAAACAAAGAAGGAGUUUAUUAAAGAAGAGAGUGAAGAAAUGAAGAUUGAAGAAACAGUCAGUGUGAAACAAGAAGAGACUGAGGAACAAAGAAAGAUGGCAUUUAUUAAAGAGGAGAGUGAAGACGUGAAGAUUGAAGAAACUUUCAGUGUGAAACAUGAAGAAACUGAGGAACAAACAGACCUGACUGCGCUGAAAGAGGAAAGUGCAGUACCGAAUGAAAAGGAUCAGUAUGAGGAACAUAUUGAUUUCACAACUGAAGACAAAUCUUUUAGCUGCUCACAGACUGAAAAGACUUCCUCACGGAAAAGAGCUAAAAAAACACAAACUGACUUAACCUGCCAGCAGUGUGGAAGGAGUUUCAAGAAAAAAGGAAGCCUAAAAAACCACAUGAUCGUUCAUAACCGAGAGAAGCCUUACACCUGCCCUAAGUGCGGAAAAGGUUUCACGCAAACGGGAAGCUUUAACAGGCACAUGAGACUUCACAGUGGAGAGAAGCCUUACUCCUGCAAAAUGUGUGGGAAGAGCUUCACAACAGAGCUAAACUUAAGGUAUCACCGGAACAUUCACACUGGAGAGAAGCCGUUUAAAUGUGAUCAGUGUGGAAAGAGUUUGAGUCACAAAGUAAGCCUUAAACAGCACAUGAGGCUUCACUCGAGAGAGAACUGUUUUACAUGCCAUCAGUGUGGAACGACUUUCACAGACAGGAAACACCUUGAGAAUCACGUGAUAAGUCACACGGGAGAGAAGCCGUUCAUGUGCUAUCAGUGUGGAAAGGGUUUUACACUGAAGGGAAACCUUCAGACUCACUUGAGGGUUCACACUGGAGAGAAGCCGUUCACCUGCCCUCAGUGUGGAAAGAGCUUCACGCUCAAUGGAAACCUUCAGACUCACAUGAGAGUUCACACCGGAGAGAGGCCUUUCACCUGUCUUCAGUGUGAAGAGACCUUCACGUAUAAAAGAGACCUGAAGCGUCAUUGUGCGUCAAGGCGUUGUGGAAAUACAUCGCAGUGUUCCUCGCCUUUGCAAGAUGCUUAUAAAAAGAAGCAAUUUUGAAGCCAUUUGUGCAUCCAUUCUGGAAGAAGGCAAUUUAAUUUGGAUCAGUGUAAUAAAAAAUGCUUUUGUGAUCAUACUUAAGUCUGAGACACACCAAACCAACGUCAAAGAACUAGCGCAACAAAAGCUUCUCGUUGGCUUCAUCUUGACCAAAAAGCUGCGUUUGAACACACCAAAAGGACUAAAGGCGAGUGUCAACUAGAGCUGCAAGAGUCUGGAUAAAAUGAGAAUCACAAUUUCUUCAAAUAGAGAUUGUGAUUCUCCCACGAUUCUGAAUAUAAAACUAAAGAAAAUAACAUGUAAUUUACUAGAGAUUCUGACAAAAUUAAUUGCUGGGAAAAAAAAUAUAUAUAUAAAAAUUGAAUGGGUUUGAAAUAAUUCAAUGACUCAUUAAUAAAUACUUGUUUCAUUACUGGAUGAAUCAGUAUUUUUGAACAUCUUUUGAAUGAAUGAUUCAAUGACAAAUACAUUUUUAACAGUCACUUGUUGCCACCUAGUGGCAUAAGAUAUAAUUGAUUCAACCAUCAUUUGAAGCGCCAAGUUCCUUUCAAAAGGUAGUUUGCACUGUUUUGCUAUUGUAGAUAAGAGUUUACAUCGUAACUUUAAAGGGAUGGUUCACCCAAAAAUAAAAGUUUGAU